UGAUAUGGAAAACAACGUCAGCUGGGUCCAUCCCUACGGCAACCACUCCUCUGGAGCUUAUGGGAGACCUGGCUGCCGUUACACCACUGCUGAACUGAUCCUCAUCGUCAUAGUGACCGGCUCGCUCAGCUUCAUCACCGUCGUGGGCAACGUCCUGGUGAUGCUGUCAAUCAAAGUCAACCGCCACCUCCAGACAGUCAACAACUACUUCCUGUUCAGCCUGGCGUGUGCUGACCUCAUCAUCGGUUUGCUCUCCAUGAACCUCUACACCCUCUAUAUCAUGAAGGGCUACUGGCCCCUGGGUGCGGUCAUCUGUGACCUGUGGUUGGCCUUGGACUACGUGGUCAGCAACGCUUCGGUUAUGAACCUCCUGAUCAUCUGCUUCGACCGCUACUUCUGCGUGACCCGACCAUUGACCUACCCAUCCAGGCGGACCACCAGACUGGCUGGGCUGAUGAUCGCAGCAGCCUGGCUCCUGUCUCUGUUCCUUUGGGCCCCGGCCAUCCUCUUCUGGCAGUCCUUCGUCGGCAAACGGAUCGUCCCUGAUGGGGAGUGCUACAUCCAGCUCCUGUCCAAACCCUCGGUUACACUGGGGAUGACGCUAUCCGCAUUCUACCUGCCGGCGGUUAUCAUGAUUGUCCUGUACACCCGGAUCUCCUUUGCCAGCCGCAGUCGCCUCACUGCAGAGCUGCAUAGUAGCAGAGCGAGGACCUCUAGUGGACGACCGAAACACAGCUGCCAUCUGAAGAGGAGCUGCGUCUCAACCCAGACAGACACUGAGCCAAAGAGCGACUUGGCCAUUUCCAUCGAAGCAGAGACGAUUGUCUACGCUAAACAGGGGAUUAUCAAGGCCCUGAAAGACUCUACAGAGCAGGCCAACAAUAAUGUCAUCCCCACUUCAGAUGUUACCCCCUCUCUAGACCAAUUACCUAGUGAGAUUAACCAAGACUGCAGAUGGUCCAACAGUAGGGUCACGUUCAAUCGCACAGGGGAUAAGAACAGCUCUGCUACCAAGGUCUCCCAGCCAAGCUCUAUCCUUAAUGGCUCCAAUACAACUAGUCAGCUCAGAAAAAUGUUUCCCCCAUUUCCCAGCUUCAGUAAGACCCAGUUGAAGAGGAGAAGGAUUGUAGCGAGGGAGAGGAAAGUGACCAAGACUAUUUUUGCUAUUCUCCUAGCCUUCAUUCUCACCUGGACUCCUUAUAGUGUCAUGGCCAUCAUUGGCACCUACUGUCACUUUUGCGUCCCAGACACAGCGUGGACCAUGGGCUACUGGCUGUGUUAUAUCAACAGCACAGUCAACCCAGCGUGCUAUGCACUGUGUAACGUCACCUUCAGAAAGACCUUCAAGAACCUACUGAGGUGUCAGUACAGAAACACAGGUGUUGAAGUGAGGAUGAUGUGAGCUACUCUAUUAUAAUAUGUGAUAGAACAUUUGAUUAUUUAAGGAAGAUGCAUUUGAUUGAUGGACUA